AUGCCAUCAGUAGGCUCAGAUAUCAACAGCACUGUUCAAAAAGUGAAGGGGUCAGUAGAUGAUCAAUCAGUGACCGAUCAAGAAUCAGGGUUGAGAUACGCUGCCUACGCCAAUAGAUUUAGAACUAUCUUGUUAGCUUCUCACAGAUAUGUAGCUUACACAUCAGAUAUUGGGGAAUCAUUCAGACCAGUAGCACAUCCAUAUUUGGUCAAGGCUGGGUAUGCAGUAUCUUGGCUCUAUAUUAUCGGUGAUGUUUCAUAUGCAUCUUGGAUAACAAAGAUGAAAAGUGAAGGAAGAUACACUCCAGGAUUAAAACCUUGGGAUCAACAGCCGCAACCAGAUGCAAUUGCUGCUGAAACGUUCAAGCAAACCCAUAGCUUAGUUGACACUGAUUGGAGGUUGAGUGCCUUGAAAAGAGGUAUAUUCCAGAGCGUCGCUUCUAUGGGUUUGCCUGCGUUUACUAUUCACAGUGCCGUGCGUUAUUCAUCUUACAUUUUCAAAAACUCGGGUAACAAAGCAUUGAAAACAUAUGGUCCCGUUGCAAUAGGUUUGGGAAUUGUUCCAUUGUUGCCUUAUGUUUUCGAUGAACCUGUUGAACAUGUUGUUGACUGGGUGUUUGACAAAGGUGAAAAGUUGUAUUUAAAGGAGAAAUUAGCAUAG